CGUCUAAACUCAACGUUCUUUUAAUCUCGUCCGCAUAAACUCGAUUUUGGAGGUUUUUUGCAGUUCAUCGGCUCCCGUCGAUCCCUCUUAUUCGGUAACUGCUACGAUCACGUCGUUACUUCAGCAGUUAAUCGGAGGUUACUUCAGCCUUCCGUCUUCAGGUCCCCCACGAUUCCUCCCAUCGUUCAAUCGGUUUUGGGAAUGUCCGAUCGGCUUUCGGAAAUGCAAUGGGUGGUCUCCGUGGAGGAAGCAACCUAGCAUCCUGGGUAGUGGCCGGAACCCUAGCCUACUUUCUAUGGGUGAAGCCAGCACAAGAGCUGAAACGAGAACAAGAAGCGAGGACAGCACUUGCAGUAGCAUCAGAUCGUUAUCGAUAUGUGGAGAAAGUAAAAGAGCUAGAAGCCAUCACCAACAUUAUUUCCCGUUUUCUUCUACCUCAUGGGGCUCGCACGAUCACUAACAUGCCUCUCCCGCUGAUCAAGCUUCUCAUGACGAUACCCAUUGGGUUUGAUUUUAAGGGAAGCCGAUUUAUUGAAGCUUUACAUGAUGCAUUUCAUCCCCUUAAAUAG